AUGGCGGCGGACUCCAGCCAAAACGCCGGUCAGGCCCCCACCUCGACAAACCUCCCUCUCCGUCCCAUGCCCUCGACCUCGUCCUCCUUCGACAUCGUCGCCGCCUACCACCACCUGCUCGCGACGAACCCCGCCUAUACCCAGCCCGUCGCCGCCAUCCAGGCCCUCAUAGAGCUCCUCAACGCCCAGCCCACGUCCACCGUGUUCGAGACCCUCGACCUCAUCAAGUCCCAGGUCGCCGUCCUCCACGCCUCGGUCCGGAACCCUGUGCCCCUCAUGGCCGGCACCGACCUCUUUGAGCGCUUCAUCGUCCAGUCCCUGAGACAGCGUGAGGAUGACGAGUCGCGCCGGGGUGGCGGCUUCGAGGCUACCCGCGACCACCUCCUCUCCAACUCGGCCGUCUUCGCUACCCGCGCCAUCCAGGCCCGCGAGAGCGUCGCCAACAUUGGGUGGAAGCUCGUCAAGGACGGAUCGACCGUCCUCACGUCGGGCGCCUCGCGCGCCGUCUCCGGCCUCCUCUGCCGUGCUGCCGAGCAGGGCAUCAUCCGCUCCGGCCGCGUCACCUUCCAGGUCGUCUACGUCCGCGACGAGCACCGGGCCCAGGAGAGCGACGGCGUCUGUGCGGAGCUCCGCAAGGCGAGUAUCCCCGUUGCCGAAAUCCCCGAGACCGCCGUUGCCCACGUCAUGGGCCUCCAGCGCCGCAUCACCAUGGUCAUUGUCGGUGCCGAGGCCGUGCCCCAGAGCGGCGGCAUCUUCUCCCGCCUCGGCACCGCCCAGAUCGCCAAGCUGGCCUACGCGCACGAACCCCAGAUCCCUUUUACGUAG